CUAUGAGAAACCUCCCCCAGGGCUAAUUAAGGAGAAUGAAACGAAACCAGAAGACUGCAUACCUGAUGUACCCGGCAAUGAAAGUGCACGAGAAUUCCUGGCACAUGCCCCUACAAAAGGGCUUUGGAUGCCUUUGGGAAAAGAAGUCAAAGUCAUGCAGUGUUGGAGGUGUAAACGUUAUGGACAUAGAACAGGAGAUAAAGAAUGCCCAUUCUUUAUUAAAGGCAAUCAGAAAUUGGAACAAUUCAGAGUAGCACAUGAAGAUCCAAUGUAUGAUAUAAUAAGGGAGAAUAAACGUCAUGAAAAAGAAAUGAGGAUACAGCAACUGAAGCAGCUCCUGGAGGACUCUACCUCAGAUGAUGAUAACAGUGAUAAUGAUGGCAGCAGCUCCACUUCCUCAGAAUGUAGAGACAAACACAAGAAAAAAAAGAGAAAGAAGGAAAAGAAAAAAAAAGAAAAGAAGAAGAAGAGAAAGAAAAAGCAUAAAUCAUCUAAAUCUAACGAGAAGUCAGAAUCUGACUGA